GCUAAACAGCUGGCUUUGUUGACAGUACGAUUUCGUUAUUCAUAUAUUUAUACCAUGCUAUGCACGAAAUGCACGAGUUUUUCCCAAAUUAAUAUCAAUGGGAGCUAGUUCAGAUCAAUGUGUAAACAAAAAUCAUAUAUCGUAGGCACAUGAAUGCUAAGAACAAACUUAAUUAUUGUAUUGCAAAUGUAUAAUAUGCAACGAGAGAAAAAGUUUCGAUGACUGAGCGUUGCUGGACGGGGAAAUGUAUUUGAAUACAUUUGUCUUUUAGUUGCGUUCGGUAUACGAGAUCGAUCAGACCAGGACCGUUGGUUGUGCGUUCAAUCGUAUUUUUAGUUAAAUUUAAUGUGCAACACGUCGCGCUUAAAUCUAUUUUUGGUGUUUUUGAAAUUAAUGGAAAAUAUACAUAUACUGGAACUGUGAUGAAGCACUAAUAUGUGUAGUUUUAACAAUUGACGUAUUUGAAGGAAUAUUAAAUCGAGCAAACGUUUUGAUCGUUCGUCGCUAUGAGCUAAUUAUAUAAUGGCGAAUUAAAUCAAGUAGAUGACACUACGUCGGUUGUACCUUCUGACGUUUGUUUACGAAAUCGAAAAUGUCGAAAUCUAUGCGAAAUUCUCGUCACAACAGUCGCGCCGAAUCCUCGAAUUCGUCCUCCUCUCGCAGCAACCCACCGCGAAAGCGUGUCAAACGAUGUUGUCGAAAUUUCGUCACUUUUAUGUGUACACAAGUGGGUGUGGGCGCAUUAAUUGUACUCUAUGCUAUCUUUGGAGCGCUCUCCUUUAUGCAUAUAGAACGAAAAUACGUUGACGAGAACACAGCCUAUGUCAGUAAACUGCGGCAUAAUUGCGCAGAGAAAAUGUGGAAUAUCACUGAAAAAUUUAAUACUUUUGACCGUAGCGAAUGGCAAAAUAAUACCUUAGAUAUACUGCGACAAUAUCAAACAGAAAUCGCCACAUUAAUAAAAAAUGGCUAUGUUGGACGGACACCAGAACAGAUUUGGUCCUUUCCGGCGGCAUUAAUGUUCUGUUUAUCGGUCAUCACAAUGAUCGGUUAUGGUAAUAUGGUGCCACGUACACCUUGGGGCAAAGGUUUCACGGUCAUUUAUGCCACUUUUGGCAUACCCCUUUAUAUACUGUAUUUCCUUAAUAUGGGGAAAGUGUUGGCGCGUUCAUUCAAGUUCCUAUAUCGCAGCUUACAUGAAUGUGCGCAGGAGCGUAAUACAUAUGAAUCUCGUUUGGAUGCACUCGAAAAUGGUAGUUUAGGUGUAUUACAACGGAAAAAAAUCAUUGUACCAUCGACGGCAUGCCUGUGGGUAAUCAUAUCCUAUAUUAUAACGGGCACUAUUAUGUUUGCGAAUUGGGAGAAAUGGUCCUUUUUAAACUCAUUCUACUUCUGCAUGACAUCAUUGUGCAAAAUUGGUUUUGGUGAUUUUGUGCCUGGUGCAUCGUUGAUAACAGCGGCUGACAUAGAUGCAGAAUCACUGAAAAUAAAAGAAGAUGCAUCUGCUGACCCCCAAGAUUUGUUUAAUAUGCAACUAAUAACUGACCAAAAUUCAAAAUUAGCAAUUAAUUUUUUCUACAUGCUAAUAGGCAUGGGUUUGGUUUCCAUGUGCUACAACUUGAUGCGUGAGGCGGUACGCAUGAAGAUAAAGGAGAUAAAAGAAGAUACGAAACUAUGCUUGGAGGAUACACGUGCUCGAUUCAUGGGAUGUUGUGGAACACGAGAAUACUAUGACGAAGACUACUACUAAAUAACUUUCAAGACAUUUACCUAAAUAUAUGUAUAUAUAUAUACAUAUACAUAUAUUGAAACCAUAUACAUAUACAUAUUGAAACAUUUAUACACAGUAUUUAGUGAGUGAGAGUGAUAUCGACGUACCCAUCGCGAGUGUAUAUGUUAAAUUUUGUGUAGUUAUUGUUUCAUCGACAACGAAGGUGCUUAAGUGGUCAACGACAAG